UUUGUAUGUAAACAGCAAAAAGAAAACGAAAACAAAAUAUGUUUGGGGUUUGUUUUUAUUUUCCCAAGGCGAUAAACGAUAGGUGUUGUCCUGAAAUAGUAAUUAUGGACGCUGCUUCACCCAAGAGGACCGUAAAAAAGAAGCGCAAGACCCAUACCACCAGGCGCUAUCGAAAAAGGGAGCAGGAGGUGCAAAAUUUACUUAAGGAAACUGAAGGCAACAUCUCUGGUCAGGAAUUCGAUUCGGAGGCACUUAGUUUGCAGUUUUUCCACGGAAACGGUGAUGAGGUGCUGCAAGAAAGGGAUUCCCCGGUGCAGGAAAGCGCCGGCAAGGAGAGUGACGAUGAUUCUGGCGGGGAACUGGCUGUGGAACCUUCGGACUCACCCUCCCAAACAUUCAUACAAAUUGAUUUGCAGGAUCCACCGCUGGUUUGGAGUCAGCUCUUCAAGCAGCGUCACUAUUAUGAUGAGAGCUUGCUGUACCGUCCGAGUAAUACCCUGCACUUUCAGUUGCAUUUGAGUGAUUCCCAGCUGGAUGACUCCCAGAUCCGUAUGUUGAAUCGCUACCAGGAGCAGGCCAAAGGCGAGUCCAGCAAACUGAGCUCGGAUCUGAUAGCCCAGCUAAGUGGUGGGAGUCCUCCCAAGUUUCUAUUGGAUGAUAGGCUAUAUCGCACUGUUUGCCACAAGGAGUUCCAGGGCGUAUUCUUUGCCCCCAUGUCGGCAGGGGAGUUCCAGGGCCUGCCCACCAGACGAUGCCUAAAAUUGAGCCUAAAGCAGCUCCGGUUCAGCUCGCAUCCUCAACUCCUGGAGGAGCAUCGACUGGCCCAACAGUUGGAGGAUCUCUUCGAUGUCUACAUCCAGCAGAAAAGGCAGAGGAUCUGCCGGAAACUAAGGGAGGAGCUGGAGAUUGCUCGCCAGGUGGCACUCAAACUGCUCGCCUCAGCUGGCGAGGAUCAGACGGCGGAGGUUAAGCGGCAACUAAGGCUCACGGGGCAGCUGAGGCAACGCUACUACUCGGAGUCGGCUGCCCAGCGUAAUCUUCUCCAGCGUUUGCUGAGCGAGUGGGCCAAGCUGAAGGAACUUCGCCGUCAGCAGCACUUCCAGUGCACCCGUUUUCAACUCGGACUCCGGGUGGUGCAUCCUCCUGACCUGGAGGCCUCCUAUUCCGCCUGGAAGGAGAGCUUCGAGACGGACCUAGCCGAGGUCUAUCGCGAGCAUCUGGAGGUCUUCUACACCCGACUGCGUCUGUGGAAUGAGCAAAAGGCCAGGAGCAGGAAGUCGGAGGGUCAAUCGAAGCCCCCCCGCAAGCCGCAAUUCGAUAGGGUCAUGGCCAUACUGAGGAAGGACUUCGACAAGGCCUUCAAGGACCCGGAGGAACCGUUUGUGGAGGUCAUCCGCCUGCAUGCGGAUGAGGCAGCUGCCAGGCUAUCCAUUCCAGGUGGUGAGCAGUUGCCCAGGGCCCGCAACUACUUCCUGAAGAUCUUCCUGGACGGCCAGUUUGUGGGCCAGAGCAGGAGCUAUCGCCUGGAGCCCGACCUGCAGGUGUGCAUCAACGAGUGUAUUGGAGUGCUUCUGGAGAGGACUCUGCCGGAGAGCCUCAACAUAUGGCUCUAUGAGAAGUCCACGCUGACUCCAAAGAGUCGCCGCCUGGCUCAGUUGAGCACCCCGCUCUUGUUGAGCUCCAAGGAUGAUGCAGUGCAGGAGAAGCUCAGUUUCCAAACUUCAUCCUCCACCCAGUUGGCAGGCGACGUUUAUUUGUACUACGAAUACCGAUCAACGGAGGGAUGGGCAGAAGCCCAUAAUCUGGACGAUGUGCAAAGACUUCCGGAUGGACUGCGUCAGACUUUGAUCCCGCAGAAGCUCUGCGCAUUGCCUGAAGCCUCCAAGGAGUUGGUAUCCCCUCGACCGCCAAGUGGGAAGACCAAGAAGAACGUAGUGCCUCCGCUGAUCCUCGCAGAGCAGCAGCUCCAGUUCUGUGCCAUGGAAGUGCUUCUGGGAAACCGACGAUUCCAGUUACUCCACUCGCGGCAUCAGCAGAGGAACCUGCACACCAAACAGCUGCGCUUUGUGCCCGCCCUGGAGUACGAAAUCUCGGAGGAGGAGCAGCUGCCGGAUGGCAGGGGAACGGUCCAGCUCCUGGAGCCGGGCACCUACUGGAACCCCAUCGAUCUGCACAAGCAUCGGGGUCGAAAGUUCCUCCAACUGCUCUACGAGGUGAUCGCCAGUCAGAGUGCCAGGAGGGCCAAGGCCUUGCACACACCUCUGCCGCUGCUCCUCCUGGCCGAGGAUUCGGAUCACUCAUCCGCCACCGGCUGGACAGCUCUUUGGCGGGCCAUCUGCUCCGUUUUCCAGGGGCAGCCCACGUCACUGCCCCGCGAACCAUCCGCUUGGUCUGGCCAGCAGUCAGGUCCCGAUCUCUUCAAGCACUUUAGCGUCUCCCUUCAUGUGGUGAGGGCUACGGGCGUACCAGUCAGGAGUCGCCACAUCCUGAAUCUCAAUGAGCGACGCACCAGCGCUGGAGGCGAUAUGAGCACCAGUUUGUUCGUGACGCAGACUCUCAUGUACUCCAAUGUGCGACCCUUUGUGACCCUGAGCUAUGGACAACGUUUGUGCCGGAGUCGCACCGCCGAGGGCAGUAAUCCCACCUGGAACGAGCAACUGCAGCUGCAGAUCCACAGUCAGUUCGGGGAUCUGCGCGAGGAUCUAAAGAUCAGCAUGUUCGACGAACUAAUAGAGCAGCAGUACAGCGAUGAGGCCUCCGAUUUGUACCAGAGGGUUCAGUGCAAUUGGCUGGGGGAAUUCCGGGUGCCCAUCAACAGUCUACUAGCCAGUCGGAAGUUUGAGGGCUGCAUCGAGUUGGCCAUGCCCAAAGUUCUCGUGGGCUACAAACGACCUUUGAUAGACUCCGUGACCAACAUGUCCGCGGAUCAGUAUCCCGAGUUCAAGGAGGCAGUGCACCUGUGGUUCUACCUGAGCAUCGAGCCCAGCAGCGGAGACCUGAUGCCCCUGCAAUCGAGUGCCUUGGCCUGUGCCGAAAUGCCGGAAACGCAGCACUUCCUCGGCGAAAGGCGAUUGGAGCUCCUGCAACUUCUGCCCCAGCCACAGCGCUAUGUGGAGCCUCUGGUGUGCACGGCCCAGGGGAAGAGGGUGUGCCUCACGAGACUCCUGGAGGCAGUGCCCCUGCCUCCGGCGGUGGCCACUGGGGAGAGUGCCUUGGAGGCCUCCUGCCGCUUUGUUUCGCUGCUCAGUCAUUUCCGCAGCUACGAUCCCUGCCAGGGAUUCCGGGGCGUUUGGCUGGACAACCAGACUCUGCUGGACAGCACCUGGUGCUCGGUCAAGGAUCUGGGCGUCCUGCUCUGUAACUACAUGCUGUCCUUGGGCCUGGAGUGCUGGCUGAUCCUGGGAGUGGCCUGUCCCCACGGCGAGUGCUCCUUUGUCCUUUUCCGCCAGCCAGAAACUGCCGAACUUUUCCUGGUGGCUCCUGCCACUGGCAAAAGAUUCCAAUUGCAGGAUGUCCAUUGUCCCCUCAGACGAAUAUUUUGUGUGGUCGGAAAACAGAAUAUAUAUUUCAACAUUCAAACGGAAUCUCGUGUGAGCAUGACGAAUUUUAAUCUGCAGGAUGGCGCCUGCUGGUUUCCUGUCUUCAGCCGACGGGUUCCUGCUCCCCAGAGUGGCGUCCAGAAGUUGGACUAUAUGUACAAGAGGAGCUACGAACUGAGUCAGCUGCAGAAGCACAUUGAGCGGAAGAUCAUGAAGAAGAUAAGCGCCUGGCGCGCCACGAGGAAAACCAUCUGGAAUCGAGCCUUCCAACCACGUCUGCAGAAGAUCCUCAGCGACAUGGAACAUCUUUCCACCUUUUCCAGAGGACGAUAUGAUGAGCCUGUUUUCAGCGAGCAACUAGAAAGGGAGUAUCCCAACUACAGGCUCUACGGCUUCACCCUCAACUUUGCAUACACCAAUCUGGCGGCGAUAUCGGAGCGCAUCCGGACGACCUGCAUCCACUACAACCACGACGCGACGGCGGAGUUCUGCGUUGCCGUGCACCUGCACGCCUACGCCAACGACGUGCUGUCCGUGUGGGUGUUCCUGCUCUCCAUGGUGCCACUGGUGGUGUGA